GACAGCUUUCUGGUGGAAUACCUCUUUUGUUUCUACGUUCAUGUUGGAAUGGCCUAGGCCAGUCUGCUGCUGUACUGUUCCUGCCACAGGUGCUCUGCAGCAAUGUGUCAGGAUUUUGCCACCAGAGCUAGUGGACCAUCCAGAUGGCUGUAAACCUGCAGAGGAGACUCGUGGCACUUCAAGGUCUCUGUGGAGAUGCAUCCACCUGCUUUUGUCCUUGCUCACUUUGCUCCAUAGCCUCUUCCACUGAAGAAGCAGCACUCAGGCAGAGUGUUCCUCCCAUGGUUGAGGCCACCACCACCUCUCCAGCAGCAGAGGGAGGAACCAAGCCCUGGAUGGCAGAGCCCUCUUCCUGGAGCCGUGGCUCAAGACUCCGAUAUAGAACGUGGUCUCUCAAACUGGAUUAAAAAAACCCUGUUGAUAUUUUUAUUUAUACUUUUUUAUUUUUGUAUUUGACUUAAAGUGCCAUGAAAAAAUUUGCAUAUUGCAAGGUGGUCCUUGCCACCUCUUUGGUUUGGGUCCUUCUGGAUAUGUUUCUAUUGCUGUACUUCAGUGAAUGCAAUAAAUGUGAUGAGAAAAAGGAACGAGGCCUGCCAGCAGGAGAUGUUCCAGAACCCAUGCAAAAACCACAUGAAGGACCUGGAGAGAUGGGGAAGCCUGUGGUCAUUCCAAAAGAGGAGCAAGAGAAAAUGAAAGAAAUGUUUAAAAUAAAUCAAUUUAAUUUAAUGGCAAGUGAAAUGAUUGCACUCAACAGAUCUUUACCUGAUGUCAGGUUAGAAGGGUGUAAAACGAAGGUGUAUGCAGACAACCUUCCCACCACGAGCGUAGUCAUCGUGUUCCACAACGAGGCCUGGAGCACGCUGCUGCGGACGGUGCACAGCGUGAUCAACCGCUCGCCGCGGCACAUGCUGCAGGAGAUCGUCCUCGUCGAUGACGCCAGCGAGAGAGACUUCUUGAAAAGACCACUGGAGAGUUAUGUGAAAAAAUUAAAAGUACCUGUUCAUGUGAUUCGAAUGGAACAGCGUUCUGGAUUGAUUAGAGCAAGAUUAAAGGGGGCUGCUGCUUCUAAAGGCCAGGUCAUCACCUUCUUAGAUGCUCAUUGUGAAUGUACAGUAGGCUGGCUUGAACCUCUGCUGGCAAGGAUCAAAGCUGACAGGAGGACAGUAGUGUGUCCCAUCAUUGAUGUAAUCAGUGAUGACACCUUCGAAUAUAUGGCAGGUUCUGACAUGACCUAUGGUGGAUUCAACUGGAAGUUGAAUUUUCGUUGGUACCCUGUUCCUCAGAGAGAGAUGGAUCGACGGAAAGGAGACCGAACCCUCCCUGUUAGGACACCUACAAUGGCAGGAGGCCUUUUUUCAAUAGACAGAGAUUACUUUCAGGAAAUUGGAACAUAUGAUGCUGGAAUGGAUAUUUGGGGUGGAGAAAACUUAGAAAUUUCCUUCAGGAUCUGGCAGUGUGGUGGCACUUUGGAAAUUGUAACCUGUUCACAUGUUGGGCAUGUGUUCAGAAAAGCAACACCGUACACUUUCCCAGGAGGUACAGGGCAGAUAAUCAAUAAAAAUAACAGGCGGCUUGCAGAAGUCUGGAUGGAUGAAUUCAAAAACUUUUUCUACAUUAUUUCCCCAGGAGUUACUAAAGUUGAUUAUGGGGACAUAUCAUCACGACUUGGGCUAAGGCGCAAGCUCCAGUGCAAGCCUUUCUCCUGGUACCUGGAGAAUGUUUAUCCUGAUUCCCAAAUUCCACGCCAUUACUUUUCUCUGGGAGAGAUAAGAAAUGUGGAGACAAAUCAAUGUCUGGAUAACAUGGCAAGAAAAGAAAAUGAGAAAGUUGGAAUCUUUAACUGCCAUGGAAUGGGUGGCAAUCAGGUUUUCUCAUAUACUGCCAACAAAGAAAUUCGGACAGAUGAUUUGUGUUUAGAUGUAUCCAAACUUAACGGCCCAGUAACAAUGCUCAAGUGCCACCAUCUAAAAGGAAAUCAGCUUUGGGAAUAUGAUCCAGUGAAAUUAACCCUGUUGCAUGUGAAUAGUAACCAGUGCCUGGACAAAGCCACAGAAGAGGACAGCCAGGUACCCAGCAUCAGAGACUGCACUGGCAGCCGCUCCCAGCAGUGGCUGCUCCGCAACGUCACCCUUCCAGAAAUAUUCUGAGAGGUCCUAAAGGAGAGCAAGGAUUGACUGGGCUACCUCGGCUGAUACUUUGGCUAUGCUGUUAAGUAGCAACAGAAGAAAUUUCUGCUCAGCAGAAUCCACAGUUCCUCAGCUGUUAGAACUCCUGCAGCUUCUCAGCAUCUGUGAACCAGCCUUCCUGUAUAAGGAUGUGAAACUACCACACAUAGCAGUGAAACUGUGCCCACUGAUGUUUACAAGAUCGAAAGAGUUUCUUCCAGCAAAUAAUUUAGAGAACCUUUGGACAGUGGAAACAUAAUCAAUGAAAUAGUCUCUCUGAAGAGCUGCAUAUCGUUUUAGUUUGCUUGCACAUCAGUAACCUCUGCUGAAAGUGCUGUUGUAAUGAAGAAAGUUUCAAGAAUUCUUUUUUUCCUGGUUAGCAGUGGUAACCAGACUACUAAAUAUAGAUCCACACAUAAAUGAAAGAGCUGCAAACCAGAUUCGGUAUCAUGACAUAAGAAUUCUGUGGUUUAAAAGCAAAAAGUAAACAGGGUUUAAUGAAACUAAAUCAGAACUAUGAAAAGUACAAUUUGUUAUAGUGAAGUAUCAAAUUUAUAUGUAGAUUUUAUACCUCAGUGGGGGAAAAUAACCAAGUCAAAAGGCAAUUGUUUCUCUUUUUCAAUUGUGUGAUAGUCCAUAAAUACUUUUUUUUGUCCUGGUGAGUCUAAAAUUAUUUUGGGCGCAAACAAAAUGAGCAUAAGAAUAAAUUGAGCUCUUGAAUGUCAGAUCCACUUUCCUUUUAAUUUUAAUUUCUUGGCUGUUGGAAUUGUGUCUUUUUAUUACUGUCUGAAAACUGGAGGUUAACAUGCUGUCUAACUUUUUUUUUUUCCAGACCUGCCAUUUCAAUUUAUACUUGGGUCAGUCAGCUUAUGGACUUUCAUGGCCAAACAAAAGAUUUAAGUACACUUUGAGAUUAAGUUAACUUCAGUAUGCUUUAGCGCCCAAGACUUCUACUACUGUACUGCAGUUUUGUUUUCAUAGCAAUAAAUCUUUUGUUCCUUGUUUGAUUUCAGUCAUCAGAAAGCCAGAAGAAAAGAUACAUGAUUUGGGUGGAAGAUUGGCAAAACUGAAGGUUUUCUGGAAUCCUUUCUCACUUCAUAUUCAGAUGUGCUUCAUUGUCAAGUGCAUAUUUAGAUUAGACUCUGAAUUGUAAUGUUGAUCUGCUGCUUUUUUCUAAUAAAACCUAAAGAAAAAUAGUGAAA